AUGGGUAGGUUCCCACGCAGAGCACAGCACUCCACCUCACUGCUCCAGUCGCGAGCCGCAGCUGCGCGUCGCGUCGCAUCGCACGCAUCUCUCCUGCCCUCCAGCUCCAAAGCUUCGUCGUCUGCGUCGCCCCGCGCCCCGUCUUGCUCGCUCCAAGCUAGACACCAUACCACCCAGAUCCCGAGGCCCCUCUCCCUCGAUCGCCGCCUCCCGGUAGCGGAUCCGGCGCCGGCUCGCGCCCCCCGACAGGUUUUGUUUUAUGCUUGUUCAUUUGUCUAUGGACAAUGGACUAGUUGCUGCACUGCUUUUGUGAGUCACCAUGGGAAGCAGUGGAGCAGAUACAUCGUCUAAGCCAAACAAGGCAUCCGCCCCACAGGAGCAGCAACAACCUGCUACCUCAGGUGCUGCAACACCGGCUGUUUAUCCAGACUGGUCCAGCUUCCAGGCAUAUCCUCCAAUCCCACCACAUGGGUUCUUCCCCUCACCUGUGGCAUCAAGUCCACAGGGUCAUCCUUACAUGUGGGGAGCUCAGCCUAUGAUUCCACCAUAUGGAGCACCGCCAUAUGUCAUGUACCCUCCUGGAGUGUAUGCACACCCAUCUAUGGCCUCGGGUGCACAUCCAUUUACUCCUUAUGCCAUUACUUCUCCAAAUGGCAAUGCUGAUGCUACUGGAACUACUGCUGUAGCUUGUGAUACUGAUGGCAAGCCCUCUGAAGGCAAAGAUAAAAGUCCAACUAAGAGACCCAAAGGAACUUUGGGCAGCUUGAACAUGCUUACUGGAAAGAACCCCAGUGAACAUGGUAAGACCUCAGGUGCAUCAGCUAAUGGAGCCACUUCUCAAAGUGGCGAAAGUGGCAGUGACAGUUCAAGCGAAGGGAGUGAAGGAAAUUCUCAUAAUGAUUCAUACAAGCAUAGUGGACAGGAACAAGAUGGAGACGUACGAAGUUCCCAGAAUGGUGCAUCACGUUCUCCAUCUGAGGGAAAAUUUAACCAAGCUAUGGCAAUCAUGCCCAUGCCAUCAAGUGGCCCAGUAACUGGUCCAACUACAAACCUGAAUAUUGGGAUGGACUAUUGGGCCAACACAGCAAGCUCUGCUCCUGUAAUUCAUGGCAAAGUGACCCCAACAACAGUUCCAGGGGCUGUGGUCCCAGCAGAGCAAUGGAUACAGGAUGAACGUGAACUCAAAAGGCAAAAAAGAAAACAGUCUAAUAGGGAGUCUGCACGCAGAUCUAGGUUGCGUAAACAGGCUGAAUGUGAGGAGUUGGCUCAACGUGCUGAUGUUUUAAAGCAGGAAAAUGCUUCACUUAGAGAUGAAGUAAACCGUAUCAGAAAAGAGUAUGAGGAACUUCUAUCAAAGAAUAAUUCACUAAAGGAAAAACUUGAAGGCAAACAACACAAAACUGAUGAGGCAGGACUUAACAACAAGCUGCAACAUUCUGGCAAUGACAUCCAGAAAAAAGGAAACUAAUCGAGCUAUCAUGCAAUGCUUGCAUAGCAUGGCCCUAACUAGAUUAUUGGGAGGCGCAAUUGUAGUAUGCGUGUUAACUCCUUACUUUAUUGCAGUUAAUUGUUACCAGGUUGUGAUAAUGUUGAUGCCAACCUUGUGUGUGGGUGUUUCCUGUUUCAGAUCUAUCUUGGCUUAUCUUUUAGAAGUCAAGAUGUGACUGAAGAUGUAGGCUGUGACCCAGUUCACUGUAUCUGAAAUAGUGGAUAAACUCAAAUUUACAAUUUGUAUUGCUGACUAAUAUUGUUAUGUAUACCUGGCAAAAGGUUUUCUUUGAAUUCAGUCUCUGGUUGAACA